AUGAAGACAACCCGUCCCACCAAAAAGCUCGACUACCGAAAUGAUGGUCCCUUCCGGGUCCUGACCAAAAUUUCGGAUUACGCAUACCAGCUGGAUAUUCCUCCAUCCUGGCAGCGUUUUGACAUCUUCCCGGUGUCGCUUCUACGCCCUUACACUCCUCCUCAUUUCCCCCUCCAAUCUUCCACCCCUUCUUCCCCCACCCCUCCAGCUCUUGACCACGAUGAGAGCAUCCCCUCCUAUCGCAUCGCCCAAUUCCUGAACUCUCGAAACAACUCCGAAACUGGCAAACUCGAGUAUCUUGUCGAAUGGGAUGGUCUCGAAGGCACUGCCGAACAAGUCUCUUGGCAGCCUCCCUCCGAUCUGUCCUCAGACCCUCGAUUUGCUCAAGCCAAAGAAGAAUUCCAUCUUCUGAACCCUACCAAACCCUCUACCGAUACCACUCCUCGCCCAAAGCUCAACCGAGCCAAACCAAAAACCACCUCCUCUGCUCCGCAGGACGAUUUCUCGCCUGCUACUAUUUCCCAAAUAUCUCAUCCUAUCUCUUCCCACCCUACUUCUUCCCCUACCACUUUACCCACCCCAAAUCCUAUCCGCCCAAAACAACCACCAAACUGGAAAGGCUGGAAACUCGUCCCCGACGAACCUUCCCCUUCCUCUUCCCUCCCCUACGACGGUCCUACUUCUCGCAGUGGCCGCCCUCUUCGCCGCAAAUUCAUUCAUGACUAA